GUCGUUAUACGGCCCAGUUAUUGCAAAGGUUGAUUACGAGCCAUUUAUUGCGGAUUUCCUGUUCGUAAGGGAUGCUUUUUUUUUCCUUUUAACUUCCGCGUCGACGCGACCCAAUGGGCACUUAACACAGUGUGCACUAUCACAUUAUUGAGGCUGGUCAACCCAGUCAAAGUCACUGAUGUUUGUCCUGGUCUUAUAUCACCGUGGGCUUGUUCCGUAGUUUUCUACAUGAUAUUUGCGUGUAUAUGUCUGUGUUGAUCUCUUCGUGGAAAAUCAUUCUUUGUUUUAAGGAGCUGUAAUCUUAAUUCAUGUUUGUGAGUUGCCAAAAAUUUGUGUUUGCUUAGAUAACAGAAAUCUGCAGUGACUAAGCAGGAAAUUAUUCUGAUGCUCAAUAUGCUGUAAGCAGAAACGCUUAGCAAGCAAGAGGAUGGAGAACUCUGUGAAGAAUAUCGCUUCCAUGUUUAACCAGCCUAGUCAAGUUCCAGGCAUGGGUCGACCCCAGGUUGCUGCCAAGCCAGGUGUUGCAGCUAAACCUAGUGUUGCAGCUAAACCUGGAAAAUUGGACCUUGACGACAAAAUCAAAAUCAUUGCUCCUAACAUCCGCUCACCCCAUUUGGAGAAACCAUCCAAUGGUGUGGUCAAGUCGCCCAAUAAGGUUGCACCCAAAAAUGUGCCAACACCUGGAAAACUUCCAAUGGGUGGACCAUUAAUGUUGGGAACAAACAUGGCAGAAAUCAAGAACAUGAGGGAAAAUCUGAAGAAAGCACCGGUCCCAGUGCCAGCACCAACCACAUCUCCAUCUGAACCCUUUAAAAUGGAACUGAAGAGGUCAAUCAAAAAGCCACCAGUAGCUCCUCCAACUAGAACAACACCAUCCCUUAGCCAGAAAGUAACCCCACCCAUUUCAGGAGGUGAUGAGGCAGACACUGUUACCAAAGAGAAUAUAUCCACCUCUAAAUCAGAGGAAGAUUCGACUUCAUUGUCUUCGUUCACCAGUGAAUCUUCCAUCCCAAGAAGAGGCUCAUCCACAAGUCAGAAGACAACUGGAGAUAAACCGGUCUUGGAGAUCCUGCCUCCAUUGGAGACUAUAGGACCACCUCCUAAGAAACCAGCAAAACCAACUAAUGUGAAGCUACCCAAACCAACAGAGCCGCUGCCGUCAAUUAAUCAGCGCCCUUCAUUGACCAAAUCUACCCAUACUGAGCAAGAUAAUGAUGGAGCAGAUUCAGGAGAACUUUAUGAUGAUGUGGAGGUACAUGUGCAUGUUGAUAAAAGAAUCUCACUCAUCCCUACCAUGGAUUCGGAUGAGGAGUCUGCAGAGGAUUUGCUCUAUGAUGACACACAAGCACCAUCGUUUCCAUCAUUACCACCAUUACCAUCAGUCCAAUCCAUCCCUGCCGUUCCUCAAACCAGUGGGUCUGAUGAUGGGCCCCAGGAGAUCUAUGAUGAUGUUUCCUUAGAAGGGGAAUGUGAGGAGCUGUAUGAGGCAUUGGAUGUGAGUACCGAAGACACACAAUCACAGAAAAGGAAGCAUGAUACAGACAAGCCUAAAGCCUCUUCAAAAUGGCGUGACAGUUCAGUGGGGAGUAAAGCGAACAGACCAACAAGCAAGUGGUUUGUUUCACCUGAAGAUGAUGAUGAAAGAAGACAUUCCCUCGAAUCCACUGAAUCGGCUGAUACUGCCGCUAAGCAGACAACAGCUCCAUCAUCUCUGCUGUCUCCAAAGAAGACAAUGACCACUAGGAGUAAACAGGAAGAGAAACAACGGAAAGAACAGGAGAAACUGGAACAGCAGAAACGGAAGAAAGAGGAAGAAAUGAGAAAGAAACGAGAAAAGGAAGAGAAAAAAAGAAAAGAGAAAGAAGAGAAGGAGAUGAAGAAGAAAUUCAAUAUCAAAGGAGACAUCCAUGUUUUGGACACAGGAACAGCCAUUCAGGACUGUGGGUCUGACUAUGAGAAGACAGAUCUCAUUUGUAAACGAGGAGACAAACUAGAAAUCCUGAGGAGAGAAGGGAACCCACCAGGGAAGUGGUUGGCAAGGGAUACACAAGGAAAAUAUGGCUUUGUUGAAGCAGAUUUUGUAGCUAUCGAGAAUGAUUGUCAAGAAACCUAUGAUGAUGUCAUUCCUUGUGAUGAGAGCGGUUCAGAGAAUGAGGAGCAACAGGAGAUCUAUGAAGCCUUUGAUUAAACCUACCAAUCAUAGUCAUUCUUUCAUAGACAGCCAGCUAAUCAGAUUGACUCAUGAACGUAGAUGUCAGUAGGAACUACUUACUUCAAAUUUUGUUCAAGUCAAUGUAAUUAUUUUAUGAUAUAAAGGUGCGUUUAUUACCAGAUAUAUAUAGUGUAUACAUGUAGGUGUAUUUAUUUCUUGCUAUAUGUAUGUUUUUUAUGACAUAAUGGAUAUUUGUACUUCGGGAACUAGACUUGGAUGGAUUCUGACUGAGAUAAUGCAUUAUAUGAAAUAACAUGUAUGCCUAUGAAAGCCAGUUGGUGGCGGCUACAGCCGCUUUCCACAGAUGUGUGUCUUACUCCUAGCCAUAGCCAGUUGAUCUGGACAUAACUUUGUACUUGUAAAUGACUCGUCUAUAAAGUGAUGGAAAAAUUAAGCAAAUAGGCCAUACAGUUUGAAUAAUGUCUGGGUUUUCUUGCGUGCGGUUUGAAUAUCCUAAUUUUGAGCUUCAUUGACAAUUAGUAACUUUCUUUAUGCAAACAAGUUUUGGCUUGGAAUCAUUUUGUGUCUAUGUGCCAUUGUCAGCCGGGUUGAAUAACUGUAAUGUCUUGGUACUGUGUGUCUUUGGUGUAAUAGACAUAAGCUUGCCUUGAAUCACGUGAUACAGUAACAGUAUCUGUUAUCAAAUGAACAACCUUCAUGCACUUGAACAAGUCACUAUAGAAGACAUUAAUCAUGUUAACCUUAUGAAAGAUGUAGAUCACUUGCAAAAGGUCAUGGAAAGAGGAAGAAAGGAAUGCUGACUUUACAUUUCACUUUCUGUUGAGUUUUUAAAUGUUUGAAGAGAUUAUUACUGUUGGUUAAUUUUUGUAUAUCUAGUUCUCUGUACUCAGUUUAAGUGAACUCAAGCCUUAAGUGAAAUGCUUUCCCAUCGUUGACCUGAAGCAGGUGCUCAGACUUCUCUUUUACAAUUGGAGAGUUUCCUAAGCCAAUCAUAGAUUUUUACAAUUGAUACCGUUCACUGUUGCAUGUAAACACUUUCAGAAUGAAAUUCUAUACAUAGUUUGUUUUGACUUACAGCUGUUUUCUAUUAUUACCCUUUUUGUACAGGUGACUUUUGAUACAAAAGUUUAAAUUUUGUACAAUUUGAGAAACAUUGUAAGGGAAACAGGAAUAAAAUUAUAUGCAAAGUUGUUUGUACACAAAUUAUUUGUCUAUAAUGUGCCAAAUUGCAAAAGUCAAAAUUUAAAUGGACUGUUUUGCUACUUUAGCUUUUUUUAAUGCACAGGUCCUAAGUUGUUUCAAUAUCUUUUUUUUUAGUCAAUUAUUCUUGGGCUUUAUGUAGUAAGAAGUUGGGAGUGAACUUGAAGAACAAAUCAUGCAAAUGUAUAGCAACCAUGGAACACGUGGUAUUGGAAUAAAACGAGGGGGGUCAUACAGGAAAGGGGAUGACUUUUUUUUCGUUUCAGUCACUUAACCAUACAUUUUUAAUGUGUAAUUUUUGUUUUGUAAAUUUGAAUAAUGUGAACUUUAUGUUGGGUUUGAGAAGCUGAGUUUGUAAAAUUGGGGUUUAAUUUGGUUAUCAAUUUGAUGUGUGUUUUAUUCUUUCAUUGCAACUGCUGGAAAAAGUUGUUAUUUGUCUUAGCAUAUAAGUAGCAACAUCCUGAAAUUACAUACAAAUCACCUUAUUGAGAGCAAUUGCUUGGAGAUAAAUCUUGCCAUAAUGUUGCAGCUAAUUAGGUAUUUGACUAUAUCAUACUCAGAUGUUGAGAUCUUAUAGAACUGUGUUAAAUCAGACAGUCCACCAAUUCAUUAUACUGAUGACCCAGCAUGCUCUGUAAUCAUAGUAAGGAAAUCUCAGCAGUGUAAGGAAAGACUAGGUCAAGAAAUCUUGCUUAACUGUUUUCAUGCAAGUGUUCUGAGGUCUGAGAUUUUUUGAGAAGCCCUGUGGCCAAGUCUCAAGUCUUUGUGUACAAGUUACACAUUUUCUUAUUGGAUUGGUCAAAUCUAAUACCAGAACUGAAGAUUUCACUCUGUACUGUCUUGGGUUAUUAGCAGACAGGUCAAGUAAUUACAAGUCUGUGAAGUCCUUGUCACAUCUAAAAUCCAAACUGUCACAAAGCCUUUGUGAGUUUCCCUUUAAGACUCUUGCUGUCCCCAGUGCCACAGUCUAGCCAUCAUCUAACAAAAUGCGCCUAUUCCCUGGACAACACUGAUUUUCCAGGAAUUUGAGGGAUUCUGUGUCUCAAGUGAUAUUCUCUUAACAAGAGCAGCAUGAUGUCCAUGUUAUGAUUGUGUAGAUGUAUGAUAUCCUACAGAACUUGUGUGUGCUCCUAGUUUUGAGAAUUCCAUUUCCUGAGAUAACCUGACUCAAGCUGUGAUUGUGCAGGACUUCGGUUCAUAAAUUGCUCUGACUUUUAGUAAUUUGUUUUCUGUUUAUAUGUUGCUAUUAAUGCAACAUGCAAAGCUAAAGAAUGAAAUAUCAAGAUGUCAUUUUUAUAAUUGAAAUAAAAUACGUCAUUAAUAAAA